AUGCCGUUGGGAAAUGUGACAAUGCAGAUGCCAUUGAAGGAUGUGAAGAAGAAGUUGGGCGCAGCUGUCACUGCGAAAGCGCGGGCCAAACGCGGGCACAGGACGACCUGGGACUACGACACCAUCGACCAGAUGCGCAGCGAGGCAUGGUGGGGAGAUGCGCAUGACAACGCCGAAGGCCCACGCAUGGAGGACAUGGGCGCCGACGAGCCCGAGUUCGCACGAGGGUCUUCCAGCAAGAUCAGGAAGACUACCACCGUUGAGCCCGCCGCGAUGCCAGAUGUGACGGUCGGUGGGCAGCUGCAGAUGUACCAGAACAUGUUCGGGGGGCAGUUGGCCGCGGCGCUCUUCGCCAAUGUGGCGCUCCAUGGAGGACAUGCAGCUGGGUCUGCAGGAGCGUCUACAGGGGUGCACGCAGGGGCAUCUUCAGGGGGCUGCCCCCUGGAGCCACCAAAGGCGAAGCUUCCGCCUCGCGGGGGGCCAACGCUCGGCAAGUCGGCGACGGCCGAGCCAACAGUUGGUGACGAAGAGCCCGAUGCCAACCUGAGCGACGAGGAGGCCGCCCUGCGCAAGCUGCCCGCCACCAAGGCGAAGGCGGCGGCCGCGGCGACGGCCGCGCGCAAGCGCCCCGCCGCGGCUGGCGACGCGAUCGCCGAUGCCGCCGAAGCAGAUGCAUCAGAGGAUGCAGA